AUGGCGACUACUCAACCCAUGAGGCAGGCGGGCUCGCUGGGGAAGGGAGAUGUUAUGAAGCAGACUCCUGCAGGCGGAGUCCCAGAACAGAGACAAUCUAUGCCCCAAGAUACAGGCACAGGCUCAGGGUCCAGUCAGAAGCGGUCCUUUGUUGAAAAAGGCAAAGCCGCAGCCGGUCGAAUCGGCCAGUUCGCCAAAGGUGUCCAGUCUGUGAGGGAUCACUUGCCGGAGAGAACCGCGGAACAAGUCCCACAGGAGGCUGGGGAUGAAGUGGCGGAGGGGCAAAUGCAGGAUAUGGGGGAACCCCAAGCAGGUCUCGAUGAUAUGGUACAGAAGCCAGCUACUUCGGGCAUCGAGCAGGCCACGAGGACCGUGGAAGGCCUGAAAGGGCUCUCGGUUGGUGAAUCAGGCAAGAUAGUCAAUUCAUCUGGACAAGCUGUUGGUAAGGUUGUCCAAGGAGACCCAGAUGAUCUCGUCGGUCAAGUUGUUGGUGAGAAUGGUGAGAUUUUGGACGAAGAUGGAGACUUGAUCGGACGGGUUGACGUCUUGCCGGAGGAAGAGAUGGAGGCCGCCAUUGACGGAAUCCCUAGCCAGUCGUUGUUGCCAGACAUUUCUACCCUCGAAGGCCUCAAGUGUACCAAGUUCGGCAGUAUCCUGAAUGCCCAGGGUACGCUUGUGGGCGAGCUGGUCGAGGGGGAUGCGAAAAAGCUCUUCCGUGGAGGGUUCGAGCUCGACGCGAAGGGUCAGUUCUGGGAUCACCGUGGAAACAUCAUCGGCAAGGCACGACCAGUUCCACCGGAGGAGGAGGAGACGCACCCCUUUGAGGGGAUGAAGGACCUAUAUGUAGGCCCGGACGGAUGGGUGCUGGAUGGGGACGGCCAACGGAUUGGACAGGUGGUCGAAGGGGAGGCCAAAGCCCUACAAGGCCGCGCCGUCGACGAGGAUGGCGAUAUCUUGGAUCGGCAUGGUAACCGGCUGGGCCGUGUAGAGCCAUGGCAGGAACCCGACAAGGCAGAAGAGCCAGAGGAGCCAGAGGUGGCAGAGGAAAAGCCGGAUCUCAGCAGCUUGUCUGGGCUCACGACAACCAAACUCGGUCUUGUGAUAGGGCCAGAUCAAGUCCCUAUCGGCAAGGUUGUUGAGGGAGACGCACGACACCUGGCUGGCAGGACCGUCGCCUCAGAUGGUCAAAUCUGGGGAGACCAAGGGGAGGUCAUUGGCCGGGUAGAGCUCAUCCCCGAGAACGAACGGAAAGACCUCAUGCGACCAUUCCAGGGCGAGAUGGACCUGAUGGUGAAUGGGUCGGGAUGGGUGGAGAAUGAUGAGGGCAAGGUGGUGGGCCGCCUGGUGGAAGGCGACCCCCAGGCACUUCAGGGCUACGAGGUCGACGAAGAUGGAGAGAUCGUGGAUCAACAUGGGACGGUGCUGGGCCGGGCUGAACGGUGUGAGCCCCCUGAAGAGACCGUGGAGGAGCCCGAUCUAUCCGUGUUGGGGGGCAAACUCGUGAACAAGAUGGGUAAUGUGGUGGAUACAGACGGCGUGGUCUUGGGUCGGCUGGUGGCAGGCAAUCCGCGCAAGCUGGCCGGCAAGACCGUGGAUGAGCAGGGUCAAGUCUGGGACUCCAGUGGACACGUCGUCGGUCAGGCCGAGGUUCUCCCUGCGGCUGAACGAGACCGUCCAGAGGGCCCGUUUUGCGGCCUCGAUGGGCUGACUGUGGAUAAGGAGGGCAUGGUGGUCGACGUGACUGGCACGCCUGUUGGCCGUUUGGUUGAAGGGGAUGUCCAUCGCCUUUCCGGGCGUGCCGUCGAUGAGGAUGGAGAAGUUCUUGACGGCUCGGGGAACGUUAUCGGCCGGGCUGAGCCUUGGGCUUCCCCCGAGGAACUGGGCAGUCCAAUGGCUGGUCGUAAGGUGAAUCGCGAGGGUGAGAUCCGAGAUGAAGACGGCAACCUAAUCGGCAAGCUCACCCAGGGCGAUCUGUCCAAUCUGGUCGGCCGAACGGUGAAUAAGGACGGCUAUGUCGUGGACAGUGACGGUAACAAGAUUGGCGAGUGCACCUUGCUGGAGAAUUUGCCCCCCGAGCCGGAGGCCGAACCAGAACCGGAGCCAGAGCCAGAGCCAGAGAUGUCUCCCGAAGAACGCGAGGAGCAGGCCCGGCUGGCAGAAGAGAACGAGCUGGCCAAGAAGAUGUGCUCCAUUGUGCAGCAGACGCUGGACGCGGUGGAGCCGAUCUGUAGAAUGAUCACCCAGCAUAUUGAGCGAGCCAACAGCACGCCUAAGGAGGACUUGGAUGAAGAGGAGCUGGUAAAGCAGGUCAAACCGCUCAUUGAGGAGGCCGGCAGUGCUCUCCAGGAGUGCAAGGGAGCUCUCCGAGCAUUGGACCCAGAUGGCCAUAUUACCGCCAAUGCGAAGGCACACAGUGCAUCCCAGGAAGCGACCCCGCAGGAACACCAUCUCGCGGAGCUGCUGAAGGACUUGACCCAGCUGGUGACCGAGACGAUUGAACGUGGAAAGAAUCUGAUUGCCGACAUGCCCCAUGCAAAGAAGGAACUCAAUCCCUUGUGGGCAUUGUUGUCUGAGCCCCUCUUUCAGAUUAUCGCAGCCGUAGGUCUCUUGCUCAGUGGCGUUCUUGGCCUAGUGGGCAAUCUUCUGGACGGCUUGGGGCUGGGUGGGCUGCUUCGUGGUUUGCUCGGCGGCUUAGGCGUCGACAAGCUCCUCGAAGGGUUGGGAUUAGGCACCAUUACGCAGAGUAUCGGCCUCACUGGCAAGUAG